AUGGAGACUUCGCCACAAAAACGAUCUUUGAGAUCGUUGGCGAUUGCAUCAGCCACGUUGGCUACAGUAUCAAUUAUAACAACAAUGAUUACUGUACCUUUGGUUUAUCGACAUGUUCAACAAUUACAAUCUGUUAUGAAUAAUGAAGUCGAUUUUUGUAAGGUAAAUAUUUUUUCUGGAAAAAAAGUUAAAUUAGAAUUUUGAAAUUAAAAAAAAGAUAUUUUCAGACUCGUUCUCGUGAUUUAUGGCGCGAAAUCGUAACUGUUGAAGUGUCAUCAGCUUCUCAAGGAAAUAUAAUUCGUACAGCUCGUCGUACAAAACGCGAUAAUUAUGGAGCUCAACCAAUUGCAUCAAAUCCACCAUCUUCAGCUGCUGGUUCAUGUUGUACUUGUCAAGUUGGCCCACCAGGCCCGCCUGGUCCACCAGGAAGAGAUGGACGACCAGGAGCUCCAGGUCGGCCAGGUAAUCCAGGUCCACCAGGUCGCGACGGAGCACUUCUUCCUGGUCCACCGCCAAAACCCCCAUGUCAAAAAUGCCCACCAGGUCCACCGGGACCAGCUGGACCCCCAGGACCAAAGGGAUUGCCAGGCCCACAAGGAGAUGCUGGAACACCAGGACAAGAUGGAGUUCCAGGAUUGCAAGGACCAGCCGGACCACCAGGCCCACAAGGAUCGCCAGGUGUUCCUGGAGAAAAGGGACCAACUGGAGAGCCAGGAAAAGUUAUCAAUGGAGCGCCACCAGGUCCACCUGGGCCUCCAGGACCUCCUGGGCCACAAGGACCACCUGGACCUCCCGGAAAAGAUGGACAACCAGGAAAAGCUGGACCACCUGGAUUACCUGGAGAUCCGGGAGAGAAAGGAGCUGAUGGUUUGCCAGGGCCACACGGAACAACCGGACCACGUGGACCACCAGGACAACCUGGUUCAUGUGAUCAUUGUCCCCCACCAAGAACUGGACCUGGAUAUUAA